UACGCGUGCGUACGCACCAUGGCGCUGAAUAGCUCGGUGUGACAGGUAGGCUAGCUUAAAAAUAACAUCUCCGGACUGACGCGUGUACGCGCAGUUUUCUGCCGUCUGUGACACAUAAAGAUGGGGUCCAGAAUCAGGGAGAAUCCUGAGUCCACGUUUGAGGUCUACCUGGAGGUAGCCAUCCCAGGCAAGCACACCUCUGGACCGGAGGUGCAGAGGCAGUUCCCCGAGGACUACGUAGACCAGGACACUCUCCAGACUGUGCCAAAGUUCUGCUUCCCCUUCAGCAUGGACAGCCUGACCGUGAACCAGGUUGGCCAGAACUUCACAUUUGUGUUGACUGACAUUGAGAGUAAACAGAGAUUUGGCUUCUGUCGUCUCUCUUCAGGUGCACACACCUGUUACUGCAUCCUCAGCUACCUGCCCUGGUUUGAAGUCUUCUACAAGCUUCUAAAUAUACUCGCAGAUUACACAGUCAAAGGCCAGGAAAGCCAGUGGCAGGAGCUCUUGGUGUCUCUACAUACACUCCCCAUCCCUGAGCCUGGAGUUCCCGUUCAUCUCGGAGUGCAUUCCUUCUUCACUGUGCCUGACACGAGGGAACUUCCCAGCAUACCUGAGAAUAGAAACCUAACAGAGUACUUUGUAGCAGUAGAUGUCAAUAACAUGCUUCACCUGUACGCUAGUAUGCUCUAUGAACGCCGAAUCCUCAUCUGCUGUAGCAAACUAAGCACUUUAACAGCUUGUGUCCACGGCUCUGCAGCCAUGUUAUAUCCAAUGCACUGGCAACAUGUUUACAUUCCCGUCCUUCCUCAACAUCUCUUAGACUACUGCUGUGCUCCAAUGCCGUACCUUAUUGGAGUACAUUCCAGCCUGAUGGAGAAAGUUAGAGGAAUGGCCCUGGAUGAUGUGGUUGUCCUAAACGUGGACACAAACACACUAGAAACCCCCUAUGAUGACCUCCAAAGCCUGCCUAAUGAUGUGGUUUCACCUUUAAAAAGUCGAUUAAAGAAGGUUUCAACAACCACCGGCGACGGUGUUGCUCGCGCUUUCCUCAAGAGUCAGGCAGCUCUGUUUGGCAGCUACAGGAACGCCCUGCAGAUCGAAUCGGGAGAACCAAUCACAUUUAAUGAAGAAACCUUCAUCAGCCACCGCUCCAGUGCCAUGAGACAGUUCCUCCAAAACGCCAUCCAGCUGCAACUCUUCAAACAGUUCAUUGAUGGUCGCUUGGACCUGCUGAACUCGGGAGAGGGUUUCAAUGACAUCUUUGAGGAGGAAAUCAACAUGGGGGAGUACGCCGGCAGCGAUAAGACCUACCAUCAGUGGCUGUUCACUGUGAAGAAAGGAGGUGGGGCUAUCUUCCAGACUGUGAAGACCAAGGCUAACCCAGCUAUGAAGACCGUUUAUAAGUUUGCGAAGGACCACGCUAAAAUGCGGAUCAGGGAGGUGAAGAGUCGGUUGAAACAGAGGGAGCAGACGGAGAACGGCUUCUCCACCACAGGGUCAGCGGUCAUUGAUGAUGACUGUGUGGCGGGGUUCCCCUCCUCCAUCAGUGCAGUCACAAGGGAGGGGCCACUGGGAACCUGGGAUGACCACCGGCCAAUCACUGUGCACUUUGGACAGGCUCGACCACCGACACUGUUGAAGAGACCGAGCAAUGUGAGUCUGGAAAGCAGCUCGGACCACUCUGUCCGUCCUACUCGUCACUACACAGUCUUUCUGUCCGAGGAUUCGUCCGGAGACGAGCUCCAAUACGACGAAGACUCCAUCUGUGGCUUUCCUGACAGCUUUCUCCUCUCUGUCCCUUUCGACUGGUCGCCUCUACCGCAGCCUUACCGCUCCCUGAAGGAGGUGGAUCUGAUAGAAGGAGAUGAUCCUGGAUUUGGAGCAGAAAGCCACACUGCUCCUCCGAGUCCGAUCACCGAGAAGUUCUCCAAUGUCAACCUGCUGGGGGACAUCUUUGGUUGCCAGGACGAACCGGACAGCCAGCCCAUUUCCCUGGCCAAAAGUCUGGAAGACCUGAGAAUUCCCAAAGACUCUGAGGAGCUGCAAGCCAAGUUCACAUACCAGCGCAUGGACCUGAACGUUGGGGAAAACUCCAGAACCCUUCCAGGCCUGAAACUUUCCAACCCAUACAACAAGCUGUGGAGUUCUGGUCUGGAAAAACUGGUUCCACCCGCCUGUGUGCUUCCUGCCUGUGACAGACCUCCAUCUGUCCAGCUCCCCGUGCAGAACGAAGACCACUCCCCAGGGCCCGACAGCUCUGGCACCGCCCCUAACCCAGACCCUUCUGCCCCGUCCAACAUCACCAUACCUCGUCCCCAUGGAAGGAAAACCCCUGAGCUGGGAAGCGUCCUGCCGCCCCCCGUGGCCCAGUCGCGCCCUAAACCUGCUGGACUUGAAGGAAGGACUACAUCGGGCGGGCAGGAGUUCAGACAGGCUCUGAGCAGGAGCACAGACGGAGACCUGCUGAGACCCACCGCGGUCUCUGAGGACAGUAGAGAUCUGAUCAGCCUUCUAGACCCUCUGAACAGCUCCUCACAGACCCCCCCCACUGCACUAACUGACAGGGUUGACAUCAGUACUUCACCUGCUUGUAGACCAGUGCUACCCCCCAGACCCUACCCCCCAGGCCUGCCCCCUUUCAUCAUCCAGCCUCAAAUGUCUCUCAAUCCUUUUGCACAUUCUCUUCAGCACUACUCCCCCACCAUGAGCGGAAACCCCUUCAGUAGACUCUAUGGACCCCCAUCAGCCCCCCUACCAGGUCUGUACAGACAGCAUUCCCCCGCAGGUUCCACCCUGCCCCCUGGCUGUGGAGCCUUCCCCACCCCCUCCAACAGCCAUCACGCCCUCUCCAGCCUGGUAGACUCCCCGUCCGUCUUCACCAGACUGGAAAAACCACUUCAGGCGCAGGCAGAUGACCAGAAACCCCCGGAUCCGUUUGGAGACUUGCUGAGCAUGGCCAGACCUGUCACACCACAGAAGAAGAAGGUGGAUGACCUUCGGAGGAAGUGGGAAACGUUUGACUGAACUGGUUUUGGUUUUCUGUUGCUGUUCGUGGUUCAUCAGCUCUGAUCUGACACACAAGGGUUCUGAUCCAGAACCCACCUUCUGGAUCAGAAACAGCUUUUAAUUUGAUUAUUUAAUGAUUUAUUGUUUAAAAAAAGCUGUUUCAGCAGCAGCUUACAGAUCAUCCCACGCCUGCAUCAGAGAUGAUGGAUCAGAAACAGUCACAGAAGUCCUGAUCCAGAAAAAACCAACACCUUCUUGUGUUGUUUCUGUUCAGUGCCGCCACAUUAACAUCCUGUCCCGGUAGAUCCCUAUAACCUUUAUAAAUAUCCCAGUGAGAACCAGAUGAGAACUGAUGACGUCUGAUCCUCCACUAGAAGCUAAUCUGCUGUAUGAACAUUGUGCUGUAUCUCCAGACCGCCUCAGUCCUGCAGAUCAGCUCCUGAUGUUUUUGUGGUAAAUGCAAAGUGCUGCUUUUCUGGUGACCUCCAUGAUGAACCCUGUUAAUCCCUUCACCUGUGGAAAUGUGUCGCCUCUCACUGCUCCUCAAAGAAAAAAGACAUUUUAGGGAAACCUGCAAGUUGAUUUUAAACAUUUCUGUGUAAUUAAAUACCUGAAUAUUUUGAAGCA